GGAUUUAUCUCCUGUAAAGCUCCAGCCUCUCUUGUUACAUUACGUGCUAAACUUAGCUUUAUGUGUUCUUAGAUUUAUACCAAGAAAUUAUGUCUUCAGAUAAAGCUUCUUUGUAACAUGCUUCUCCAUGUUUGGCUUGCUAUCCGAGAUAAUUUGGAGUAGAGGCACUGGCAUGAGCAUGAGCGCUGAUGCAGGCAUAUCAAGGAAAGAGUGGUAAAUGGCAAGGAUCAGUAGGGGGCUUAGUUGAUGCACCCAUAGACAAAGUAUGGCCCGUGGUCACUCAAUCCAAAAGGCUACAGGAGUGGAUGCCAAUGGUUGAGAGAUGCACCGAUGUAGCCGGAGAUGAAGGUGUUCCAGGCUACGAACGGGUGGUUUCGGGCUUCAUGUUCCCACUGAAAGACGGAGAAAGAUCAUGGAUCAGAGAGAAGCUGCUUUCCAUGGACCCGUCAGCUCACUGUUACAGUUACAAACUGGAAGCAAGCAAUGUGGGAUUAGAUGGAUCCAUCAACACAUUAAAGCUUGUGGACUAUGGAGAAGAUUCAACAUUAAUUGAAUGGAAGUUUGAGAUAAAUCCGUUGGAAGGUGUUUGUGAAGAGAGCAUCAUUGAUUAUCUGGGAUUUCUUUACAAAUCUUGCAUCAACAGAAUUGAAGGUGCCAUUAAAGCAGCAGCAAAAUCUUAGCAUGCUUGAGUUUGUAGAAAAAAAAUGAAAUGUAAAAUCAAAAUUAAACGCGCCAGGUAGGGGUCGAACCUACGACUUUCUGCUUAGGAAACAGACGCUCUAUCCACUGAGCUACAGGCGCCUUUUGUUUAAUAUGAGAAAAAGUAAUUAAAUAUUUAAUAUUAUAGGCUAAAGUUUUACCUUUUCGUUUCA